CUUCGGCCGGCGGCACGCGAGGAAAGCCAAUCGGCGCGGCCUUGGGCGGGGUCGCGCCGGCGGGACUCGGCAGGGUCCGGCGCUGAGGGGUCCGGUCAGCGCGGCCGUUGGGCAGCGGGGUCCAGGCUGGGGGAACUGCGGACCGGACGGAGGCGCAGACACCCCUGCAGUCAGGCAGCCAGCAGAGGAGUGUUCCAUCGCAGCAUGCUCACAGGGCCGCCACCAUGACGCGCCUGCUGCUGGCCAAGGUGCUGAGCAUGGUGGGCGUGUUUGUCUGCAUGCUGCUGGGCGCCCUCCUGCCCGUGCGGCUGCUGGACGCCAACCUGGACAAGGCACAGCGCUCCCAGAAGGCGCUGGCCCUCUGCAACGCCUUUGGCGGCGGCGUCUUCCUGGCCACCUGCUUCAAUGCGCUGCUGCCGGCCGUGCGGGACAAGCUGCAGCGCGUGCUCAGCCUGGGCCACAUCAGCACUGACUACCCGCUGGCCGAGACCAUCAUGCUGCUGGGAUUCUUCCUGACGCUCUUCCUGGAGCAGCUGGUGCUGAGCUGCCGCAAGGAGAAGCCACCCUUCAUCGACCUGGAGACCUUCAACGCUGGCUGCUCGGACGCGGGCAGCGACUCCGAGUAUGAGAGCCCAUUCCUGGGCGGCGCGCGGGGCCGCGCCCUCCUGGCCUCCGAGCCCCACGACCACGGCCCCGGGCUGCUGCGGGUGCAGGAGCUGCCGGGCGCCGGGCCCCUGCGCCUGCUCAGCCUCGUCUCGGCGCUGUCUGCCCAUUCUGUGUUCGAGGGCCUCGCCUUGGGCCUGCAGGAGGAAGGCGAGAAGGUGGUGAGCCUGUUCGUGGGCGUGGCCGUGCAUGAGACGCUGGUGGCCGUGGCCCUGGGUGUCAACAUGUCCCGGAGCGCCGUGCCACUGCGGCAGGCCACCAAGCUGGCUGUGGCCGUGAGCGCCAUGAUCCCGCUGGGCAUCGGCGUGGGCCUGGCCAUCGAGAGCGCCCGCGGCGUACCAGGCAGCGUGGUGUCCGUGCUGCUGCAAGGCCUGGCGGGCGGCACCUUCCUCUUCGUCACCUUCCUGGAGAUCCUGGCCAAGGAGCUGGAGGACAAGAACGACCGCCUGCUGAAGGUCCUGUGCCUGGUGCUGGGGUACGCCGUGCUGGCCGCCAUGGUCUUCCUCAAGUGGUGAGAGGGGCCCCCUGCCAGGGCUCCGCACCUGCUCCUCGAAGACCUCUAAGUGUGUCAACCUGCAUGGCCUGGCCGCUCACCCUGGGUCCCUUUCCUGGUGGCUGGAACCCUGCCCUGCUGGCCCCCCUGUGAGUCCUGGCAAGCCCCCUCGUGUGGCCGUGGCGAGGACUGGUUCUCGGAGCCUGCGCCAACUCUCAGGAGCCCCAUUUGUCCCCCAUUUCUGGAUAGUUCCUCCUCCCCCACAGAAGCCACACUGGGACAGAAAGGCAGGGAAGGGUCCCCGGCCUGGGGCUCAGCACCAGCUGGGCUGGACUGCCACGUAAUUCCUCAUCCUGCCCCCGUGGGCCCCGGGGAGCCAGGCACAGGCAGGCAGGUGGUCCCCAGAGGCCGGGAGCCCUGGGCUCUGGGCUGUCGUCCCAGUAACCAGGCCACAGCUGGGGACCCUGGCCGCCUCCUGGGGUUUGCCGCUCCAUGCACUCGUGUGCAGCAGGAAGCCGCUGGGGUUUCAGUCCUGGCUCUGUCCCCAGGCCUGCUGCCCACCCCCCACACACACACACACACACUCCCCACAUCUCUGCCUGUGCCUCACGGCCCUGGGUGUCCAGCUGUGCCCUAGCGGGAAAUGUGGCUGCGGAGAACCCCGACAGCCAGUGUGCUGCCAGCAGGAUCCCACCUCAGCACGCUUGGGUAAUACAGGUGCAUCAGGCCCAUUUCUGGAAACUUCUGUGCCCAGGAACCUGCCCUGCGACUGCGUAACCAACUGUGUCCUUUUGGGGGGCCGGGGGUGGCCGAGGCCACAUGAUAGGGCUGGGUGCUGUGGAGCCCCCACAGAGGGGGACUCAGGGGUCCCCAGCCUGG